AGUUCAGUCUGAUAAACUUUCCUCGAUGGAGUCCAGACUGGCAGACAGCCACAACAACUCAGCAGAGCUGGAGGUCAGACUGAGUGUCAGCGAGAAACAGCUGGAAGAUCUGAAGACAGAAAACACAGGCAACUCUGAACAUUUAAAACUUUAGAUUUAUAAAUAUUAUCUGUAUAAAGUGGAAAAUAAUAUCCUUUUAGCUAAAACAGUCCAGGUAGUGAUUCUUUUAACUGAAAAUGUAGAAGAUCCAAGCAGGUUCCCUGAGGAACACCUUUAUCACCCUGAGAGUUCUUGUAGAAACCUCGGUGUCUUUUUAUAUUUUGAAGUGGAAAUGUGUUUGUGCUGAUUUUGUGUUUCAGUUCAGUCUGAUAAACUUUCCUUGAUGGAGUCCAGCCUGGCAGACAGCCACAACAACUCUGCAGCUCUGGAGGUCAGACUGAGAUCCACUGAGAAACAGCUGGAGCAGCUAGUGAAUCACACUGCAGCUCUGGAGGUCAGACUGAGAUCCAGUGAGAGACAGCUGGAAGAUCUGAAGACAGAAAACACAGUUCAGUCUGAUAAACUUUCCUUGAUGGAGUCCAGCCUGGCAGACAUCCUCAACAACUCAGCAGCUCUGGAGGUCAGACUGAGAUCCACUGAGAAACAGCUGGAGAAUCACACUGCAGCUCUGGAGGUCAGACUGAGAUCCAGUGAGAGACAGCUGGAUGAUCUGAAGACAGAAAACACAGUUCAGUCUGAUAAACUUUCCUUGAUGGAGUCCAGCCUGGCAGACAGCCACAACAACUCAGCAGCUCUGGAGGUCAGACUGAGAUCCACUGAGAAACAGCUGGAGAAUCACACUGCAGCUCUGGAGGUCAGACUGAGUGUCAGUGAGAAGCAGCUGGAAGAUCUGAAGACAGAAAACACAGUUCAGUCUGAUAAACUUUCCUUGAUGGAGUCCAGCCUGGCAGACAGCCACAACAACUCUGCAGCUCUGGAGGUCAGACUGAGAUCCACUGAGAAACAGCUGGAGCAGCUAGUGAAUCACACUGCAGCUCUGGAGGUCAGACUGAGAUCCAGUGAGAGACAGCUGGAAGAUCUGAAGACAGAAAACACAGUUCAGUCUGAUAAACUUUCCUUGAUGGAGUCCAGCCUGGCAGACAGCCUCAACAACUCAGCAGCUCUGGAGGUCAGACUGAGAUCCACUGAGAAACAGCUGGAGAAUCACACUGCAGCUCUGGAGGUCAGACUGAGUGUCAGUGAGAAGCAGCUGGAAGAUCUGAAGACAGAAAACACAGUUCAGUCUGAUAAACUUUCCUUGAUGGAGUCCAGCCUGGCAGACAGCCACAACAACUCUGCAGCUCUGGAGGUCAGACUGAGAUCCACUGAGAAACAGCUGGAGCAGCUAGUGAAUCACACUGCAGCUCUGGAGGUCAGACUGAGAUCCAGUGAGAGACAGCUGGAAGAUCUGAAGACAGAAAACACAGUUCAGUCUGAUAAACUUUCCUUGAUGGAGUCCAGCCUGGCAGACAGCCUCAACAACUCAGCAGUUCUGGAGGUCAGACUGAGAUCCACUGAGAAACAGCUGGAGAAUCACACUGCAGAUUUGAGCUUCAGACUGAACCAAACUGACGAUCGUCUGCAGCAGCUCUCAAACACCAACUCAGGUGAGCUGAAGGUGGCGUUCUCAGCCGGUCUCACUGAUUCAGGAGCCGUCGGCCCGUUUGACGAGGAGACGACUCUGAUCUUCUCCAAAGUCUUCACCAAUGUUGGCCGCGCCUACAACCAGACUGCAGGUGUGUUCACAGCUCCUGUCAGAGGACUCUACUUCUUCAGCUUCACGGCUGCAGAUUACCUGAAGGGAUACAUGGGGCUCUACCUGCACAGGAACAACCAGCCAAUCAUCUUCAACCUGGACCUGAACGACCACGGCGGCUACGCCUCCACGUCCAACGGCGUGGCACUGCAGCUGGAGGUGGGCGACGCAAUCCGCCUCAGUCUGCCGGCGAGCUACCGGCUCUACGACGACUCCCGAAACUUCAGCGUCUUCUCCGGCUUCCUGCUGUUCCCCCUCUGACAGGACCAGGAUCAGGGACUGAGGGAGAAACUGUGCUACCAGACUGGAACUGAUAGACGGGACUUUUGUUUUGGUGGGAAUGACUUCUUGCGGUUACAACCAGGACUUCUGAAGAUGAUGGUGAUGUGGAAGUUUAUCUCUGAAGCUAAUGAACAUUAAUAAAAGAGUCUGAGCGAGAGUAAACAUUUAAAUAUCACAACUCGUAUUUCAGCAACGAGAGUCGCGUUGCUGUUCUGGAGCUUUAGAUUGGCUGUUUUCUGAGUCAUUCUUAACUGGGGGUGGGGGAUGUUUUUACUAUUUGUAGGAACUGAGUUUGUUCUUAUUUCACCAUUAUAUAACUAUACUUCAGUCUCCACCUUAUUUAAGUGUCACUCACUUGUUGAACCCGCCUCCUUCAGUUCUCUCCACACAGACCGAACGUACCUCUGCUGCAAACACAUCAGCGUGCCUCGCUUCUUCGCGUCUCUCCGUCUGCUCCGCUAACUUUCUCCAUCAGUAGGAGGCUACGUUAUGUAGAGUCGCCAUAAAAAAAACAACAACUUGUCUUCCGUUCACAGCAGCAGCUGCGCCGCAUGUUAGCCUUUCAAAACAAAACCAACGUGGCAGCUAACGAUCUGCACUAAAACAUCGCUUUACCUGGUCUGUGCUCGGAAAAUCUCCACCGUGUCGCGACUUGUAACGUAAAGACUCCGUUUUUCUCUGAUAAAGGCUUCAACGUGUCGCCAUAUAUACCUGGGCGGCCGCUGAAGUAAAGCGUAUGUGUGGGAAACACUGACUGAACCGUUUCACACACCGACGACCUGCUGAGCCACGGCUCGCCUGAUGACGCUGCUCCAACACUGAACAGAGCCUGAACAGGUUCAGACGUCCUGUUCAGGCUCAGGAGGAUAUUAUAGUAUUCCAGGAUUAAUUUAUGAUUUAGAUUAUACUUUUCAUAUUUUAGUGUUUGUAGUUUUGAGCUGCAGGAUCUCCAGUUUAAUCAU